AUGCCUAAAUUCACUGAUGAAACAACAUUCCAAUCUAAUGAUGAUGAAAAAUCAGGUUGGAGACCAAGGAAUGAACAACCACUGAGAAAGAAAGGUCAAGGGAGAACAAUGCAUGUAAGUGACUUUUUAACUGAAACAAUUGGUAGACUUAAAUUAUCAGAUGAACGAAAAUUAGAGGUUGAAAAGAACUUUUCUCAUGAUGCUCAAGUCAUCAUAUGUCCUGAAAGAAUGCAUAUGGCUGACGAUACUGGUAAACCUGGCAGUCAGUUAAGUGGAAAAGGCAAUGCAACUUUUUAUGAUCCGAAUGUUGCAAUUAGUGCAUGUGGACAGCAACAUUACGAUAACGAAUUAAUUGGAGCAAUGAAUAAAGAACAAUAUGGUAAAUUUGCUAAUUCUGAUGAAUCACCAGUUUGA